AUGAAUGGAAGUGACGCAUAUACGGCAAGCAAGUCUAUUGUAGACGCCAAGCAAGCACAUGCACCAGUAGUGGUGUUUGAUAAUCAUUCCAAGCCCAGAGAAGAGCGGGAUUUCAAAGAGAUAUAUCCCGAUCUCGAUGAUCAUAGUCAAUUGAAUGUAUUCGUACUACGAGAUCAAGAGGAUAAUAAUACCGACAAUCUCAUCAACAAUACAGGCUCAAAUUAUAGUUACAAUAUUGAUUUGAAAAAGCCCGUGUUCAAGAAACUUGAACUACCAGCAACAACAUCGGCUAAUAUCAAAUUUAAUAAAGCCAUUACUGAUUAUGGAUAUCAAGUACCAAGUAAAUCUAAACCAACUAUUUCUACUGAUUCAUAUCUUCGACCCUUUCAAGUAUCUUCGAAUAUAGUGCCAGAAACUAUAGAGAAUUUCCUUGAAAAGAAACAACGAUUGGUAGAAUACGAUAUGGAUGAACAGGACUAUGUUUAUUUAAAGGCAAGAAAUGAAAGUUCAAAGAAUAUCAUAAAGAUAUAUCCAGAAGUAUUUGAAAUCAUGAUGACAACUUUGGAAAUAGAAUGGGAUAAAUUGGAUCAUAAAAUGAAUUCGAUAAUGAAUAGUAUGGCAGAUAUGGAUUCUGAUGAUCCUAAUAAAUUAUUAUCAUUGGAAAGAAAUAUUGAAAAGUAUGGCAGUGAUGAUGGGAUAAUUCCUGGAUCUAUUUAUGAUCAGAAAUGUGCGGUAUGUAAUGAUAGUGAUUGUGAUAAUUCAAAUGCCAUUGUAUUUUGUGAUGGAUGUGAUAUAGCCGUUCAUCAAGAAUGUUAUGGGAUUGCCUUUAUUCCUGAAGGUCAAUGGUUAUGUCGUAAGUGUAUGAUAAAUAAGAAUAGAAAGACUGAUUGUGUAUUCUGUCCUAGUAAAACAGGAGCAUUUAAACAAUUAGAUAACAGUCUCUGGAGUCAUGUUAUCUGUGGUCUUUGGAUUAAUGAAUUGUACUUUGCUAAUCCCAUCUAUAUGGAACCAAUUGAAGGUAUGGAUUUAAUCCCCAAGAGUAGAUGGAAAUUGUCAUGUUAUAUUUGUAAACAACGAGUAGGAGCUUGUAUUCAAUGCAUUAAUAGAAAUUGUUUUCAAGCUUAUCAUGCUACUUGUGCUAGAAGAGCUGGACUUUAUAUGGAAAUGACUCAAGGAAUUCAAGGAGCACUUGCCAACAAGACUACUUUGAAGACCUAUUGUGAUAAACAUGGACCUCCAGAUUAUGAUUCUUCAGAUAUGUUGACUGGAAUUCAUAGGACAAGAAUGUUUUAUCGAGAUACCAAGAUUCUUAAUGAAGAAAAUGAUAAACUCAGUAUUAAUAAAAAGAAUGCUAAUAAAUUGAAUGUGUUCAAAUGGAAAACUGAAGCAAACACACCUAUAGCUCCCAAGUUAUUUAGUGAUAUACUAUUGAAUAUUUUGAUUGAUUUAAAGGUAGAGAAUCAAGUAUUCUUACCUGAUCAAAAUGAUAAUCAAGUAAAGGGAUUAAAUAGAUUACCUAAUAGAUCCAAGCAAGAAACAAGAGAGGAAAUGAGAGAAAUUUGUAAUGAAAUUUGUCGCUAUUGGUGUUUAAAAAGAGAGCAAAAGAAUGGAGCUCCAUUAAUUCGAAAGAAUAAUAACUUAUUGUCAACCAAUUCAAUUCUAUACAAUACAUUGGAUGGCAAUUCUUUCCUGAAUAUUGAUCAUGAUUUAGCCAAUGGUAUACAAUUAAAUGAAAUAAAAGAUAGAAUUACGUUUGCCGAAGUAUUAGUCAAAGAUUUGCAAAAGAUUAUUGGUUUAAGUAACUACACUUUGGAGAGACAACAACUACUACAAAAUCUUAAUGAAGUAGAUUUUCAAAUGAUUGAUUCUAUAUAUUUCCCAAUUAAAAAGAUUAUUGAAACUUUCUUGACUACCCUCAAUGACAAGUUCGAUAAUAACAAAAUUAUUCAGAAUUAUAAAUUCAAAGGGGGGAAUACGAAUAGACAGACUAACAACGAAAAUAUUGAUGGCAUUAUUGUUCAAAACAAGCUUUCUAAGUAUAUGCAAGAAUCAGACGACGUACUUGCGUAUAAUGUAGGUAGCCAGCAAAACAUUAUUUUGAAAGAAAGUGCUUAUUCGCCGAUGUCAGGUAAACUUGGAAUGAGUCAAAUUUUGCACAAAAUAUACGCUUACGAAUAUACUUCAGUAAAACAAUUUGAAGCAGACAUCGAGCAAUUGUAUCAUUUGAUUACAAUAGAUAAUAGACCGGGUGCAACCAUUAUUAAAGUGAUGAAAAAAUGGAUAAAGGAGUUUCACCGAGAUUUGCCUAGUUUAUUUGAAUGUGAAAAUAAAAUUUUGUCUAGAAGCAAUUUAUCAAAUUCUCGUAAUCAAAAUAAAAACAUAGUUGUUGAUUAUAGAAAUCUUCAAUAUUUAAAUAUUGUUGGUAAUGAACCACUUGUUAUUGAGGAUGAAGAUAUUGAAAUUGAAGAUUUGACUGAUGUUGAAGAUGAAUUAACAAAUCAUAGUGAAAACCAACUCAUCUUUGAAAGAUUUUUGAAAGGUUAA